ACUCUGCAGUCUAAAGUUCAGAUCUUCAGCAGAUGGUGGUCAGAUUUAUUCCUUCGCAGCAAUCUGAGGUAUUCUGACGACGUUAACGAUGCACUGGAUGGAAAUGAAGAAAGACGAGCUAGAGAAGCAGUACUCACCCAGCAGGUGGUCCCACAGGAUGGCGGCAGACGACGUGAUCAAGGCCCACGUCAAGGCUCUGAAGGAAGGUACAGAGCGAGCCCGCAGUCUGGCUGAAACUUUAAUCAACGUUCCAUACGGAGAGGGAGAUGGAGAGAAACUGGACGUGUACAUCCCCAAGACCGCCUCUUUGGACGUCAACCUUGUUAUUUACAUCCACGGAGGCUACUGGCAGUUUCUCAGCAAAGAGGAGUCUGGAUUCAUGGCUGUCCCACUCGUUGAUAAGGACGUUGUUGUGGUUGCCGUUGGCUACGACAUUGCCCCCAAAGGUAACAUGGACCUGAUGGUGUCCCAGGUUCGCAGGAGCGUCGUUUCUGUCGUUCAGCAGUACUCUCAUAUCAGUGGUCUGUACCUGUGUGGCCACUCUGCAGGGGCUCACCUGGCCGCUAUGGUGCUCUCCACCGACUGGUCCCAGUACGGCGCCACACCAAACAUCAAAGGCGCUUUCCUUGUGAGCGGCAUAUAUGACCUGCUGCCCAUCCUGUCCACGUACAUCAACGAGCCUCUGAAGAUGACAGAGGAGGUGGCGGUGAGAAACAGCCCCAGCCAGCUGGUCCCUCAUCUCAAACGAUCCUCGUCAGGCUGUCAGAUCGUCGUGGCCGUCGCCCAGAACGACUCGUCGGAGUUUCGCAAGCAGUCGGAGGAAUACUACAAAACUCUGGAAGCAGCAGGACUGACGGUGAUCAUGGAGGAUGUGGCGAACACAGACCAUUUCAGUGUCGUUGAGCAGCUGGUGGAUGGAGACUAUCACCUGACCAAGCUCCUCCUGAAGAUGAUGGGGAAGAGCUGAAGUGUUCAACAAACCUCUGAUCAGUCCCAGGUCACCCACAAUGAGAAAAUAAGUAUUUCUUCAGGGUUUCACUGUGGUAAAUGUUUUUUUUUUCUUUUGUUUUGUUUUUUUGUCAUUUUGAGAUCAAUCCAGGUGACAUCAGUUCUUCUGAUGGGUUAGUUUACAUUAUUUACGAAUGUUCAAGAAGUCCUAACUAAGCUUUGGAUGUUUGGAACUCCGUGGCUUCACUGCACUGCGUCGUGGCAGAAUUCACUUCUCAGGCUCAGCUGCAAACAGAUUUGCUGGACUACUGUGAACGUUGUUGUGAUGAAGCAUGUUGCUACUGCAUAUUAAAUAUUUUUGAGUUGACUGUUACUUUUGACUUAUUUCCGACUGGGUGAGUCUGACUGAUUAUUGGUGUUUUUCUUGUUUUUGACAAUCUUCAGUAAAGAGUAAUUGUGUAUCAUAUAACAUGAAGGUAGUGUUUUUCCUGAUUCUCCAGCUCUCCACUGAGAUCUGACCCUGGGGGGGAAUCCUGAUGUAACACAUGAUGAUGAUGAUGAUGAUGAUGAUGAUGAUGAUGAUGAUGAUGAUGAUGAUGAUGAUGAUGAUCUGCAGCUGCUCCUGAUCCUGAUAUACCAUUGCAGAAUUUUGAUUUCCAAUUAUGAGGUUUUGAAAAGAUUAAAAUGAACCUGUAACAGUGACACUUUGAUUUGCACUGCACAUUGUAGCAUCGCACAUUAACAAUAUUUACACCAUGUUCUGCUUAUCAUUACUGAAGAAUAUAAUAAAUAUUUAUAUUUAAGAUAACAUGUGGUCAGUUGUUUCUGUUUGAAUUCAAUGACUCAUCAUUUCAUAAUAAUUUCAGAGUGCUCAUUACCUUUUAAUCCAGGAGACCCAAAAAGUAGUUGGUUUGUUAUUGGUUGACUAAGAAUCGUUGCAUUGUGGAUGCUGUAUGUCCUUUUUUCGAGAGACUUUCAGUGUUUAUAAUUGUUAAUUUCAGACUUCUUAUAACAAAUCUAAUGAAACAGUAAUUUACCAAACUACUUGAAAUAUUACUGUGUGUUUGAUUUGUCUGAGAACAAUGUUGGACAAAAUGAGGUCAUUGUAGGUGGUAGUUCCAAAUCCAAUGGGAUUUGUUACUGUGCUGUUUACAAUCUGUUGAUGACCCUAUUCUCUCUAACCAUCCACCUAACUACGCAUGGGAUAUCGUCACAUUUUGUGUUGUAGAGGAAAACAUCGGAAGUAGAAAAAUACAUGCUGUAUUCAACUUUUUAGAUGUUUUAUGUGCAUGGAAGCCAUAUUUAAGUGGAACUUGGCAGUUAGGCUAACAAUUUAAAACAAUGUAUUUAUCUUUCUUUGGUUAUGCAAACGUUACAAAAAUAUCUUUACAAAUUAAAAUUGUACAGUAUGAUGUGUGCCACUGUUACAUGUGAUAAAUGCUUUAUACUA